GGAGAGGAGGAGAAAUGUGUUAGAUUCAAGGGAGCUGCUCCUGCCUUGUUUGUGAGUACACACAUGACAUGGAGCCACCGAGGAGGCUGUUCCACUGCUCGCUCUAUGGGACACACAGGACAAUGACUGGACACUGAACUACACCCAGAAAGCCUAAAGAUGUUAUUCCUGCUGGCCGUAUUAUUUCUGUCCAGUACGGUUUACUGCCUGAACGGCAGUGAUGUCGUACUGGUGAAAAAUGAAUCCGAAGUUGCGUUUCCAAAGACUUUUCGAGGAAGUCAUGAUGAAUAUGACAGACUUAACGAACUUAAUGGAGUCACAGAGUCUAUAGCAAAUGAGUUCCAGAACGCCAAGACAAAGCAGCGGACAAUUGUGGUCAACAAUGCUACUUUGGCCUACUUAGGAAGUUCCACAAGCAGACAACUGAUUCCAGCCAUAUACACUGUGGUCAUACUCAUUGGGAUUCCUUCCAAUAUCCUCAUACUAAGGAUGCUCUUUUCUCGAAGCCAGUCUGUGUGCAUGUCAAUAUUUUACACCAACUUGGCCGUGUCGGACUUACUUUUCUGCCUCAUGCUACCCUUCAAGGCCGCGUACCACCUGGAUGGCAACAACUGGAUAUUUGGAGAAACUAUGUGUCGCGCCAUGACCAUCUGCUUCUAUGGGAACAUGUAUUGCUCAAUUCUACUCAUCAUGUGUAUCAGUAUCAGCCGCUACAUCGCCAUUGUACACCCGUUUAUAUACCGGAGUUUACCAAAACGGACCUGUGCGAUUCUCCUGUGUACCCUCGUGUGGAUUAUUGUCCUUGUGUUUAUGAUACCGUUUUUCACUCUGAAGCAAACGUAUAAGCUGAAGGAAAUGCAUCUGGUCUCCUGCCAUGAUGUGCACGAAACCUCCGCUGACUCAUUUCAGUUCUACUACUUUGUUUCACUGGUAGUGUUCGGCUACUUUGUCCCAUUCUGUGUGGUAGCUUUCUGCUGCUUCUCAAUCAUUAGAACUCUGGGGACACAUGAUCAGAAACGCUUCUUGUACCUGAAAAUAACCGUCCUGCUUCUGGUCAUGUUCACUCUGUGCUUUACGCCGAGUAACAUCAUACUCCUUAUUCACCAAGUCAGGUAUCAUUACAGCAAAAUGGAUAACAUGUAUGGGAGCUAUCUGAUUGCGUUAUGUUUUAGCAGUUUAAACAGUUGUCUUGAUCCUUUUCUCUAUUUUCUUAUGUCUGACAUUACCAAACCACCCAAAACCUAUGCUAAAAUGAAUAAGCUGUCUCUAGAGAAAUGCAUGACACUCCUGCCAUCCUGAAACAUUCCACCUGUACAUCACUUGGCUGAUAUUCUAGCGCCAUCUGCAGGACUGUUCUUAUGCAUGACACUACUGCCGUCCUAACAGAUUCAUCCCGUACAUCUCUUGGCUGAUAUUAUAGCGCCAUCUGCUGAUAUUUUAUAAGAAAAUAAUAAUUUGAGAGAUUAUGAAGACAGAUGUGAAUACAGUGCCCUUAAAGUCAUUAUUCUAAAUAUUGUAGUCGCAGUGGAUUCAAUAAAGUGUAUUAUCUCUUUACACCAGUGGUGGAAAAUGCAAGAGACCUCUGGGCCCAUACAUGUGAUAAUAAGGGUUUAAUCACAAGCGCCCCAUUAUAACCCUCUACAAUUGUGUACAUCGACAUUCAGUGACCUCUGCAGUCCAUGCACCUAGUGGUUCUUCAGCGGUUAGGUUUAAAGCAUGCCCUGUGAGCCUGUCUCACUAGGUACGCUGGGACUUGUAGUUAAACAACACUGACUGAACGGGCAUGAUCCUCACGGACGUUAGCAUAUGCAGGCGUGACAGUGGCGGCAAAAUGGAGAAGGAAAUGUCUGUUGUGUUGUGAUUAAAGCUGGUUAGGAAAACUACCAGACAAAAAUAUUAAAUAAACAUUACAUUAAUUGUGCAUUUAUUAAAAUCACCCCUCUCCAUCUGCCACUGGAACAAGGAACUGACCCUGCUACAAAAUAACCUGACUACAUGACUCAAAACCAGAUAAAUAACGAUUCUUAGUACAGCAGAAGACAAUAAAGUAAACUGUCAGAGGACAAUUUUGAAAAACAAAAACCUACUAAUAAAUAAUGUAAUGCGUUGUUAAAGAGGUGAAGAAAAUAUCUCAAAGUAAAGUAAAUGUCAUGUCAACCACAUGCAAUGCUGUGCACAAUAGUGUCUGCGUCACAUCGUCAAGUCAUAUACAGAAAAAUUAUUAUUAUCCUUCAUUUAUAUGGCGCCACAAGGGUUCCGCAGCGCCCAAUUACAGAGCACACAAACAAAUAAUCAAAACAGGAAAACAGCAACUUAAGGUCCGUACACAUUAGACGAUGUCGCUCUGUGUCUAAUGUUUCCCCUCCCGGGCCGGCCGGUCAGCGGCCGUCAGUACACACUGACCGCUUAUAUCGCUCAGUGACGUCACGCCUCCGCAGCCCUGCAUGCAGGUCGUGGACGACAGUCCAGAUCCUGCAUGCAUGCACUGGCGACAGUGACGAUCGUUGCCGACCCGCGGGGCCGCGCAUCGGUCGUCGCUGGUAGCAUACACACUUGCCGAUAAAAUGAGCGAUGUCGCUCAGGGAGGGGGAAGUGUGUAUGGGCCUUUACAGUUGACGACAAUAUAGGACAAGUACAGGGUAAAUAAACAUAAUUACAUCAGCAGAUGACACUGGAAGAAGUAUCAGGUGGCAGAAGACGGCGGGAUUUGGUGCAGUUGAAGAUUAUUAAAGAAAAAGGAUAAGCACAGGAGGGAAGAGGGCCCUGCUCGCGAGAGCUUACAUUGUAAAGACAGGGAUGACACAGACAGGGUAAAAAUAGUUGAAGAUGAAUUGAAAAAUAAAUUUCAACGAGAUCUCUCAUGUGUAAUGUUAUUAAAAAAAGCAUACAGAAAAUGAGAUAUUUUCAGCGAUUUUCUAAAAAGUGAUAUAAAAGGGUGAUCUGUACAGAGGACUGGGUCUUUGUAUAGUUCUAAAUUAAUAAUGUGAUUGGGCACUGAGAUGCUGCUUGCUUCAAGACAAGACACCACUCUUGGGCUGCUAUUGUCUGCAGCCGCUGGGCGGGGGUCCUGCCGUGCUGACCGAUCAGCAAUGAUCGGCAGCACGGCAACAAUGAGGGGAGGGUGCAGAGGCCUCUGAGAGCAGCAGCCGAGGGAAGUUUCCCUUCCCUGCAGCUGCUAACACUGUUUAUCUGACUGGUCGCAUCCUGGGCGACCAAGUCAGAUAAAGCACUUGCUGGUAUGGUUGCAUCUGAUUAAGGAACAAGCAGUUUCAUAGCUGUCAUUAAUGUCUCAUGACCAUGAUGUAGGGAGCACCCUUUUCUCAGCCGGCAUGUGCACUCUGUUUCCUGUAAUGUCUAUGAGGGAUUGCACCCUGAAAAGUAAGUAUUGGUGUGUUUUCCAAAUAAAGCUAAACACACAAGGUGGCUUCUCAGUGCAGAUUUCAGGAAAAGAGACACAUGCCCAGGAUUACAGCAAAGAGACAUAGUUCUGCUUACUUUGUAUAUUUUUAUACAUUACAGGUUGAGUAUCCCAUAUCCAAAUAUUCCGAAAUACGGAAUAUUCCGAAAUACGGACUUUUUUGAGUGAGAGCGAGAUAGUGAAACCUUUAUUUUUUGAUGGCUCAAUGUACACAAAUUUUGUUUAAAACACAAAGUUAUUAAAAAUAUUGUAUUAAAUGGCCUUCAGGCUGUGCGUAUAAGGUGUAUAUGAAACAUAAAUGAAUUGUGUGAAUGUACACACACUUUGUUUAAUGUACAAAGUUAUAAAAAAUAUUGGCUAAAAUUACCUUCAGGCUGUGUGUAUAAGGGGUAUAUGAAUCAUAAAUGCAUUAUGUGCUUAGAUUUAGGUCCCAUCACCAUAAUAUAUCAUUAGGAUAUGCAAUUAUUCCAAAAUACGGAAAAAUCCCAUAUCCAAAAUAUCUCUGGUCCCAAGCAUUUUGGAUAAGGGAGACUCAACCUGUAAUAUUGUAUUAUUUACAUAAAAUAAACCUUUAAAUCGGG